AAUUGACAAGGAUGGCUGGCUGCAUACAGGUGAUAUAGGACACUAUGAUCAUGAUGGAUAUUUCUAUGUGGUUAACAGGCUCAAAGAAUUAAUCAAAUACAAAGGAUAUCAGGUUGCACCAGCAGAAUUAGAGGGAUUGUUAUCAACACAUCCAGAUAUUGCUGACUCUGCAGUCAUGGGUGUCCCUGAUAUUGUAGCUGGGGAACUGCCUAAAGCAUUUAUUGUAAAGAAACCAGCUGCAACUAUAACAGAGGAGCAGAUUUGUCAAUUUGUUGGAGAAAGAGUUGCACCACACAAAAAGUUAAGAGGUGGUGUGGAGUUUCUCAAAGAAAUUCCAAAAUCGACAAGUGGAAAAAUUCUUCGAAAC